AUUUUUUUUGAAAGUUAUUCAAUUUUUUAUGUCGAGUACAGUAUGUCGCCGAGUUGAGUAAUUUGGAGUAAAGAUGUGUAACUGCCAUAAAUUUUCAUUAAAAAAAAAUCAAUUCAGACAAAUAAAUUAUGACGAUUAAUAUUUCAUAAAAUUAUGAUUAUAUUUAUCUGACACUCAUUGACUCGUUGACAGUUAACGAAUUUAAUUCAAACAUCUUGAAAUAACUUCCAGUAGGUAGCGUUGUCUUUUGUUUUUUUUUUUUUUUUUUUUUUUAUUAUUAUUUUUCAACAAUCACAAAUCACAUCACAACACGUAAAUACACGUAACAACACGUAUAUAUGCACGUUGCAUUAUUAUACUACGCAGUUAGCCGGAAAGCGUCCAGUUUAGUUCUAGUGCAUUGAAUCACUAACCGGAAUCUUCUUACCUGUACUGUACUGUAUCUAAAAUCUUUUUAAAAAAAUUACUAAUUAACAAUAAAAAUAAACAAAAGAAAAAAUGACCAAGAUAAAGGUGUUAGACGGAAGCUAUUCAUCUCAAAUAUUCACUCACGUGAACAAGAACCCAGAUGGAGACCCACUGUGGACCGCGCGUUUCUUGGUGACAGAUCCCGACGCGGUCCGUGACACGCAUUUAGAUUUUCUGCGUGCAGGUAGUGACAUAAUCGAGACAAACACCUACCAGGCGUCAAUGGACGGCUUUUGUAAGUACCUAGGUGUCACAGAAGCUGACAGCUUAGACAUAAUUGUAAAAGCAGUAGAUCUUGCGAAGCAGGCUGUAAAAAUCUACAAAGAAGAAAUAAAAGAAAAUGAGAGCGCUGUUAAUGACAACCCUUUGGUCGCCGGGUCUUGCGGGCCCUACGGCGCUGUUCUUCAUGACUGCUCAGAGUACACCGGGUCUUACGGUAAGAAAGUGUCCAAAGAAUUCCUGAGAGAUUGGCACAGACUCAGAAUGGAGACUCUGAUAAAAGCCGGCGUUGAUCUUCUGGCAAUUGAAACAAUUCCUUGCGCAGAGGAAGGUGAAGCUCUGGUGGAAUUGCUGAAAGAAUUUCCAACCACCAGGGCCUGGCUGUCUUUUUCGUGCUCCACUGACGGGUCCACCCUGGUAGAUGGAAGUAAUUUUAAAGAAACUGCCUUAAAGUGUUACAAAAACUCCUUGCCAGGUCAGCUGAUUGCUGUCGGUGUUAAUUGCUUGUCGCCUCAUCACGUCUCCGCUUACUUGUCCAAGAUUAACAAAGACUGUGAAGGAAAACCAGUGCCUUUAAUUGCUUACCCCAACAGUGGGGAAGUUUUCACUCCUGGAGAAGGUUGGAAGACAAAUGGAAAGUCUUGUGACAUCAAGAAGUACACUCACGAGUGGCUGGAACUCGGAGUUCAGUAUAUUGGAGGCUGCUGCAGGACCACUGCUGCUGAUGUCGCUAAAAUUAGAAGUGAAGUUGACUCUUGGAAGUCCCAAGAGAGAGAAACCUCCGUUUGAGUCUGUUUUUCACGGUCAUUUUGAUAAAGUUUAUAUUCUAUAUUUUGUAUUUUUGCAUACUUGAACUUGUUAUCUUGCUGAUAAAAUAUUUAUAUGUAAUUUUUUCAUCCUAAAAUAAUUUAAUAAAAUAAUAAAUAAAUUUA